AUGACACCGCCAAUUCUAUAUCCUAUUACAAUUCCAAGCUCACACAACGGGGUAACCAGCCCCAAAAUGAAGACCAUACUCCUAUUUCAAUGUCCAAAGUCACACAGCAGGACCAGUUCUGAUGAUUCUAUUCGCAAUAAAUUUGGAACUUCGAAUAAUUUAACGCCAUUAGAAUGUGUUUCGAACUUCGAUUCAUCGGUCAAGGAGCCUAUUAAUCUUAAUCAUAGCGAAAUUAGUCACAUAAGCGGUUCUCCAUGUAGUGUAUUUGUAGAAAGGAAACUUCUUCAAUCUUAUAAAGCAGAUGAAUUCGUACCAAAUCAAGGAAUACCUCUCGAUGUUAAUAAUUCCUUGUCUAAUGUAUUUUUCAAGCCACCUAAUAACAUAAGUUUAAGUGAAGUUAGUUGUAAAAGCAGUUCUCCUUGCAAUGUAAUUGUAAGUAGGGAAUUUCCACAGCCUUACAAUGAAUCAGAACCAAAUGAAGAGAUUAUUUACGAUAUUAAUAGUGAAUCUCAAAUAGAAGAUAAUUCUAAUGAUAGUACAACAAUUAUCCAAAGGCAAAAUCCUAAAAGCUCAAAGGUUCGAGAUAAAGAUUAUUGCUUUUACUGGACAUGUGCUCUUUUAACAAUAAAUUCAGAGACUGAUGGAGCUAAAAGGUGUGGAAAGGAAAAGAGGUACAGAGUCCACUUUGAUAACCAAAAGAAAGCCAAAAUCAAAAACUGUUCAGUACUAUUUGCUCCUAAACCGUAUUCUGCAAAAAGUCUGCCGCAAUUACCUGCAUGGCAGCAUAAUAAAAAAGCUAUUUAUGAAUGCAAAAACGUUACUUUGGUUGAUGCUAAAAAAUUUCAUGAUGCUUUCUACUCUAACAAAACUAAACAAACCCAAGAUGCUUUUUUGCCAAAAUUUUGUCAUGUUACUGAAGUUCAACGGCGUCGUCCUAGAACGGGAACACAAGGUACACGCCAGGCCAAUUACUCGACAAAGUUGAUCAUAAAAAAACGGAAUUCCAGCACAUUACUUCACGUUUGCCAAUCAUCAUUUUUGGGAAUAUUGCAAAUACCACGAAAUAGAAUCCGUAGAGUAGCAGAAACUUUCAAAAAAACUGGUGGUCUCGUUAAAGAAAAUAGAGGUGGAGAUCAUACAUCCCUCAAAAAUGUCUAUAAACUGCAGGAAGUUAAAUCCUUUAUAGAAUCUUUGCAGUGCAUCGAGUCACAUUAUUGUCCGUCUACCACAGAAAGAAAAUACUUGGAUUCGACGUUAAAUAUAAAAAAACUGUGGCAAAUGUACAAUGAACAAGCAGUUAAUACCGUCAAACAAUGCUAUUUUCGCAGAAUUUUCACCAUUCAAUACAAUAUUGGGUUUGGUAAUCCAAGAACGGAUGUUUGUUCCAAAUGCACGGAAUUAGAAGAACAAAUUAAAAAUGAAAAAAACGAAUCAGUGAAAGCAAAAUAUAUGAUUGAAAAGACCAUUCAUAAACGCAAAGCAAAAUUUUUUUACCAACUACUAAAUCAAAGACAAGAUGGAAUGAUAACACUAUCAUUUAACUGCCAAAAGAACCAGGUUCUUCCAAAACUACCGGAUCAAAUUACCUAUUACAGCAGACAACUUUAUAUUUAUAAUUUCGCAGUUGUACUAGCAGUGGAAGGAAAAAGGCUUAACAAAGAUACAGUUACUUUAUACAUGUGGAACGAAAAUGAAUAUAGAAAAGGAGCUAAUGAAAUUGCUUCUGGAGUUUAUCACCGAUUAAAAUCACUAGAUUUUAAUGGAAUUCAGACGUUGCGAUUAGUGGCUGAUGGUUGCGGGGCUCAAAACAAAAACUCAAUUUUUAUUGGAAUGUGCUGCGUGCGGUUAUGCAAUGCCCCUAAUAACAUAAAAAACAUUGAACUUGUUUUUCCAAUACCAGGUCACUCUUUUCUACCUGCUGACCAGAGUGUUUGGUAA